AAACAGCACACAGAUACUUGGAAGGCACUACUCUUGUCACUUCAAAAACUAACCACUGAUUUAAUUUCAGGGUUUGCAAAAAGGCUUCUCAGUAAGGAAACAGGAGACAACAGAGGUGCUCAAGCUCUAUACACAGGAAAGGAAGCCUUGGAUCAUAAAUACAUCUUGUUUCCUGUGUGCUAGUCAGGAGGGAGAACCAAAUUCCAUGGAUGGUAGGCUAAAAGCAGCAGAGGUGAUUAGGAAAGUGUGGAGUAGUGAGUCAGAAUGUCCAGUACUAGGUUGGUGCUUGCUCUUAUAGAUACCUUUUCUGUGAUCUAGUACUCUGUCUUUCUACUGGAAAGCUAUUCUGCCCCACUUCAGAGCUGUGUAAAACAACAGGUAAGACAUUAAUUAGCAUCUAGACCUUCUUGAUCGUGGAACUGUUUUUAUCUUUUAAAGAAUCUCUCUCCCAAGAAAUGCCACGUUAAACCUGCGGCUCUGUCUAACCUGCUGGUGGUGCACAAGCACCUACCAGCAGUGCCUCUUUCUGAACAUAACUCUGGUUUGUUCCAAAACAACAAAAGGGUGGUCACUAAGUGAAGCUUGAGGCUUCAUCCUCUUGUGCUGUGUAGUCAGUCGGUCUUAGAUCUAAAACAGGGCUGUGUCACAACCUGACUCUGGGUAGUGUAUCAUUUUUGAGCCAGAACACUAAGUUAACACCUAUAAAAUACCUACAGGAAAGAAGGGGGAGAGUUGCUGAAGGCUGUGAACCCCUAAAACCAGAUUGUGCUUGCCUGCCAGAGCAGAUCUAGACAUGGGAUUAGCAAAUCAUUGUCUGGGCAGGUUCCCCCGCUCGCAGACGAGGCUCCGGGUGCUCAUUUUGCCGUCGGCGAUAGCUGGAAUGUGCAGGCUGCUCUUAGCACAGCUUAAUUAACCAGAACCUGUGUCUGCAGACAGCUUUCACCACCCUCCUUCCCAGGGAAGCAGGGUGUUUCUUUAUUGGGGUGUGAUUUCCUUCUCUGCAGGGCUGAGCAGCGUGUAGCUGGGCCGGAGGUGGGAGCGGCAGGAGCUGCCGGGAAGACCCAGCACUGGUGCUGAGCCACGGGCUGAGUGGCAAAAAAGCCCUUUUGCACUAGUACUGCUUAGAAUCAUAGGGUCGUUUGGGUUGGUAAGAGGCCUUUAAGAGCAUGGAGCCCACCUGUUAACUGUCCACUGCCAAACCGUGUCCCUCAUCUACACACCUUUCUAAAUCCCUCCAGGGAUGGUGACUCCACCACUGCCCUGCUGUGCCCCCCAAGCCCACGGAGGUGAUGGAGGGAGUGGAACAUCUCCCUGAUGAGGAGAGGCUGAGGGAGCUGGGUCUCUUGAGCUUGGAGGAACCUGAGGGGUGACCUCAUCAAUGUUUAUAAAUAUAUUAAGGGCAGUGUCAGGAGGACAGACCAGGCUUUGUUCAGUGAUGUCCGGUGACAGGACAAGGGGCAGUGGGUGCCAACUGGAGCACAGCAGGUUCCAUGUGAAUAUCAGGAAGAACUUCUUUCCUGUGAGAGUGACAGAGCCCUGGGACAGGCUGCCCAGAGAGGCUGUGGAGUCCUUCUCUGGAGACGUUCAAACCCGCCUGGACACGUUUCUGUGUGAUGUGCUCUGGGUGACCCUGCUCUGGCAGGGGGGUUGGGCUGGGUGGUCUUCCCAGGUCCCUUCCAAGCCCUGAGAUCCCGUGAUGCUGUGCAGCCGCGCAGGACGCAGAGCGAGUGGCUCUGCUCAGCUGAAGCUGCGGAGGAAGCUUUUCAUUUCAGACGAGCAGUUGGGCCGAGCCGUUCAGCUCCUUCACCGCCGCGGCGUCCGUGUCCGCGUUGUCACCGACGAGCAGUACAUGGGGCUGCAGGGCUCCCAGAUCGGCCUCCUGCGGUGGGCUGGGAUCCAGGUGCGCCAUGACCAGGACAGUGGUUACAUGCACCACAAGUUUGCUAUCGUGGACAGGAGGACGCUCAUCACGGGCUCCCUCAACUGGACCGCCAGCGCUAUCCAGAGCAACCGGGAGAACUUGCUGGUCCUGGAAGACACUGAGUAUGUGAAGCCUUUUCUGGAUGAGUUUGAAAGGAUUUGGGAAGAGUACAAUCCCAUCAACUACAGAUUUUUUUGCAAAGACGGUAAAUGAUUGGGCUGCCUCACAGGGCUAGAGAAGUGCUUAACAGGUAGCACUCGUGGACUUUAUGAUGUGCAGCAAUCACUGUCUGGGUGUAAUUAGGUGAGCUCCUCUGGAGAAGCAAAGUGCUCUUUAGCCUCCGGUGUACGGGUCUGGUGCUGUGGGUCAUUCCUGUGCUUGAGGGAAUGACCCACCUGUUUGGUGAGUUGUUUUGUGGGCAUGUCUAUGAUAAGAUUCCUCUGAGAGCUUUAACUAUGGGCAGGCUGGUUGCAGUGUCCUGGCCCUGACGAGGUACAUCCAUGUGGUAGGUGUGUCAAUGGGAAGACGAACAUUUUCCAACGUGGGAUACUGCAGAAUGGAAUUAUAGCCCUAUGGCUUCUCUACAUCAGUGACUCUAAAGCAGAGUUAAGAGGGUUACAAUUUAUAUAGAGAGAUUGAGAACCUUAGUUAUGUUUUUUUGUUUGCAUUGUUUAAAGUUUGUAAAAGGAAAUUGGGAAGUAGGAAGGCACAAAUUAUUAGUAUGUUUUGAUUGUGUUGGCGUUUCCUUUAGUUUAAGACAAGCAAGAGUUCCAGCAUGAAAGCAGAUGCUAAUGACAGCUCAUCUUCCAAAAAGUAGGUGUAGGGGAGGUCUGGAAAGAGAGAAACUGUUAUUUGGGAUCAGUUGGUGUUUAGAGCAGACAUGGUGGAGUCAAGUCACCAGCUUCAGAGUGGUGCAGUGGAAGGGAACCCCAGUUCCUUCAGGUGGAGACACCAUGUCCUGGUGUAGUUUGGUGACUUUGGCAGCAGCAAGUGAAGAGCAAGAGGGAGGUGGCACCUCUGUCCCUACAGCUCAGGGGGGAACAAAGAUGGGUCUAAACUUAAGAAUUUCAAAAUUCUAUUAGUGGCUGUUUAAGAAUUACUUUGUACCGAAUAGAAAGUGCCUCAAAACUUCUCAAAAUGAGAAAAGGUCUUAAUGUUUUUUUGUUCCCAGUUUUGCUUGAUCCAGCAGUGCUGUGAUGGCCACUGCUAAAUAAAACAUUUUUACAGAAAA